CAGCAGAGUCGAGAUGUGAGUACAAUUUGCAACGUAAGGUAAAUAUUUAGAAUAAGGGAGCCACUUCCGAUUUCGAUGACCUUCAAAUAUGUUGUCAAGGUCGUUAUUCUGAACAACUUUUUCCUAUACAUAUAAUAGUCGGACUCUUUUGGUUUGCGAGAUAUUUGAGAAAACAGUUAUCUUAAGGCUAGAUAAAUUUUCGACAGCAUUUUGUGUUCAAUAGAGUGCCUUGUGUGUAUAUAUACAUAUAUCUUGUCAUUGACUCAAUGUCCAAAGUUAUCAAUGAACUUGACAUUUCUUGUAUUUCAUGAACAGUGUACGACUAAUCAUUAUAACGUACAGUUAUAUAAAUAUCAAUUUUCUAAAAUGAAAUUCUACGAGUUUCUAGCUUUAACCACAAAUCGCGACGAAUUAUUGAAUUAUUUGUAUUCUAAAAAUGUUAUUCGUCAAACAAUAAAAUGUCCACAGUGUGGAAGUAUUUUAGAAUUAAAGUGUUUAGAGUCAUUAUGUUUUCAUUGUACUAAUCAUUAUUAUAAACAAAUCACGAAUCGUAAAAGAAAACGAUUAACAUGCAAUUUUAAAAUCAGUGCAUUACAUAGGACCUGGUUCUCAAAAUCAAAUUUAAAUAUUGGUGUAGCUUGUCGAUUAAUUUGCUAUAUUUUAAUGAUGAAUACUCCGAGGCAAAGAUUUCUCGAAGUAGAACUUAAUAUUUCAUCUUCUACAGCAGUUGACUGGACUAAUUUCUGUCGAGAGCUUAUGUAUGAAUGGUUGAUAAAAGACGAAAAUCAAAUUGGUGGGGAUGGAAUAGUCGUGGAGAUUGACGAGGCAAAAUUUGGUCGCCGAAAAUACAAUCGAGGACGAGUCAUACAAGGACAGUGGAUUUUCGGUGCUAUUGAACGACACUCAAAGAAGUUUUUUGUUGUUCCAAUAGCGUCUCGCAAAUCGGAGGUACUGUUACCUCUAAUUUUGAAGAACAUUGCUCCGGGUACAAUAAUUUAUAGCGACUGUUGGAAGGCGUAUGCAGAAAUAAAUAAAGAUGUGUAUAAACAUUACACUGUAAACCACUCGGCAAAUUUUGUUGAUCCAGAAACAGGGGUACAUACACAAAACAUUGAAAGACUGUGGAGAGAAAUUCGAGGAAAUAUUCCUUUGUACGGUCGCAAAGAAUGUCAUUUUAAUUAUUACUUAGCAGAAUUCAUAUUUAAAAAAAAGUUCGAUUUUUCUGAAAGAUUGGAUGCGUUUUUCAAAAUAAUGGGAAUUAUGUAUCCCUUGAAUGAAAGUCUAAACGAAUAAAUGACUAAUAUGUGCUCUAUUUAGUAUUUGACUGUAUUAAACUUAUACCUACAUGUACUAUCCGUUCAUUAAUCCCCACAUGUGUUUUCGAAGUACCUAAAAAAGUCCAUCCCAAAGGGGUUUGGGGUUAUUGUC